GUGCGCAGGGAGGGCGACCCUGCCGCGGGCCCGAGGCCCAGUCGGCGAGCGGCCUGCCCCGCUGCCGGGAACCCUCCUCUCCGGGCCUCCCUCCUUCCCCGUCCCGGUCCCCCUCCUCGGGGCCUUCUAUAUGGGCCACCUUCUUUCGAAGGAGUCGCGUAACCGCCCGAGCCAGAAGAGGCCUCGCUGUUGCAGCUGGUGCCGCCGCCGCCGCCCUCUCCUCAGGCUGCCCCGCCGGACCCCGGCCAAGGCGCCCCCACAGCCGGCGGCGCCCCGGAGCCGGGACUGCUUCUUCCGCGGGCCCUGCAUGCUCUGCUUCAUCGUGCACAGCCCCGGCGCUCCCGCCCCCGCCGGCCCAGAGGAGGAGCCGCCGCUCUCGCCGCCGCCGCGGGACGGGGCCUACGCCGCGGCCGCCUCCCCUCAGCACCUGGCGCGGCGCUGCGCGGCCCUGGCCGCCGAGGACUGCGCCGCCGCCGCCCGCCGCUUCCUACUCUCCUCGGCCGCCGCCGCCGCGGCCGCCGCCGCCUCGGCCUCGUCGCCCGCCGCCUGCUGCAGAGAGCUGGGGCUGGCUGCGGCCGCCGCCUGGGAGCAGCAGGGCCGGAGCCUCUUCUUGGCCAGCGUGGGGCCCGUGCGCUUCCUGGGGCCGCCUGUCGCGGUGCAGCUCUUCCGGGGGCCGCCGCCGGCCGAUCCCCCCACGCCCCCUGAGAUGGUGUGCAAGCGGAAGGGGGCCGGGGUGCCCGCCUGCACCCCUUGUAAGCAGCCCCGCUGUGGCGGUGGGGGCAGCGGCGGCGGCGGGCCGGCGGGAGGGGGCGCCUCGCCUCCGCGGCCCCCCGAUGCCGGUGGCUGCCAGGGCUCGGAGCAGCCGUCGCAACCUCUCUGCCCCCCGCCCUCCUCUCCCACUUCCGAAGGUGCCCCUGCCGAGGCCGGCGGGGACGCUGUGCGAGUGGGGAGCGCCGCCCCCUCGCCUGCCCAGCAGCACGAAUGCGGCGACGCGGACUGUCAGGACCCCCGUGGAAACCCCUGCGACUGCCCUAGGGAGCCGCCCCCCGAAACCCCAGACAUCAACCAGCUGCCGCCAUCCAUCCUGCUCAAGAUAUUUUCCAAUUUAUCCCUGGAUGAACGUUGCCUUUCUGCAUCGUUGGUUUGCAAGUAUUGGCGUGACCUUUGUUUAGAUUUCCAGUUUUGGAAGCAGCUGGAUCUUAGUAGUCGUCAGCAGGUUACUGAUGAAUUAUUGGAAAAAAUUGCAUCAAGAAGUCAAAAUAUAAUUGAAAUCAACAUUUCUGAUUGUCGAAGUAUGUCUGAUACUGGUGUGUGUGUUCUAGCAUUUAAAUGUCCUGGACUUCUUAGGUACACAGCCUACAGGUGUAAACAGCUUUCUGACACUUCUAUUAUUGCGGUUGCCUCUCACUGCCCUUUACUUCAGAAAGUUCAUGUGGGCAACCAGGACAAACUAACUGAUGAAGGACUCAAACAGCUGGGCUCAAAAUGCAGAGAACUGAAAGAUAUUCAUUUUGGCCAGUGUUACAAGAUCUCAGAUGAAGGCAUGAUCGUCAUAGCUAAGGGCUGUCUGAAAUUACAAAGAAUAUACAUGCAGGAAAACAAAUUAGUGACAGAUCAGUCAGUGAAAGCAUUUGCGGAGCACUGUCCUGAACUUCGGUAUGUGGGCUUCAUGGGCUGUUCAGUUACUUCCAAAGGAGUCAUUCACCUAACUAAGCUAAGAAACCUUUCCAGCUUGGACCUACGUCAUAUCACUGAACUGGAUAAUGAAACCGUGAUGGAAAUUGUCAAGAGGUGCAAAAAUCUCAGCUCUCUCAAUCUCUGUCUGAACUGGAUCAUAAAUGACAGGUGUGUGGAGGUCAUUGCAAAGGAGGGACAAAACCUGAAAGAGCUGUAUUUGGUGUCCUGUAAAAUCACAGAUUAUGCACUGAAAGCAUUUGGCGAUACUGCAUGACAUUGAAUUUCCUGAUGUUUCAAAAUGUCAGAAAACUAUGUUUGUGUAGUUAAUAGCCUUUUUAGAUCGUGUUUGCGUAUGGGGGUUCAGGAAAGCCCUGCGUCUCUAAUUUCUUACCGGCUACUGUAUUGUCACAGAGCCACAGGUCACAUAUCAGAAACACACAUGGAUGAAGGAUGACCCCUUGUCACCUUACCAGGCUAGUCUGAGAAAGCUUGUGUUUUCCAGGCAAGCUUACAAAAGCACUAGGACUUAGGAGAAAUUUUUUCUUUGGAAUGAAAAAAGUACAAGAGAUAUGGCUUGAAAAUGAAAACAAAAUCCUAAUUAUUCAGAAGCUGGAUAAUGGCAUCAUAAACUCCCCCUCCCCAACCACCACCACCACCCAAUGAUGUGUCAUGCCAUUUGGCAUUUCCUUUGAAAUAAUCCAUUUAGUGCAUUCAUUAGGGUAGGGGUGUAGACAGGAGUACAUAUGAAACAAGUUUGCUUAUCAAUUAAUUGUUGAAACUAGGUGUUAGAGACAUGGAAGUUCCUUAUACCAUUUUUCUCUACGUUUAUUAUGUUAUAAAUUUUCCAUGAUAAAAAGAUUUUAAAACUUUGUCCACCAAAGCACACUCAAAACUGAUGUAAGUUCUUCCUCUUUCAAUGGCACAAGUGCCAUUGGUUAUUUUUUUCAUCAUGUAGAAGGACAAAGAGGAAAAUCUGAUUAGUAAUGCCAAGCUCUGUAACACUAAACAUUAAUGAUAGAAAUGGAAAGAGUCGGAGCCUUGUUUAUAUGUCUUUCUCAAGGCCAGCCGGUUUUGGUUUCUACUCACAGACAGAGUAUUCUUGUCCCAUGUCCAAUAAUAGACAAUUUCACUUUUCUCUGUAUUUAACACUAUACUUUUCCUGUUAGUAUAGGAUAUUUGUUAUACAUUAUACUUCCAUAUAGAAAGUUAGUUCCUUUCUAGUUGGAACUAAAUCUGUUGAUCAUUAAACUGUGUGUAAAGAAAGGUGAGUCGUACCUACUUCUUAGUUCUUCUUUGUCAUAAGGAAAAUCCAGGUAUUACAUGGUCAUAUAUCUGCCCCAAUGACUUUUAUAUCUUUAAAAAAGUCAUUGGGUGUGUAUAUAAUUCUCAUCUCCCUCCAUAUUUUUAGAUGCAAACAAGUGAAGUCAUAUUUCAUCACUCCUCUCCCUUACUUUGAAAGUAAUUUCGAUGUAGGCAAUUUGCUUUUUAUUUCAUUAAUAUUGUGGUUAUACCUCCCUACCCUAAUCAAUAGAAUAAUAUUCUUAAAGUAUGUUUCAUAUAGGGCACUUCUAAAAAUAGAUUAACUUAGGCCUGGCUGGUGUAGCUCAUUGAAAAUAGAUUAUGUUGACCCCUCAUUUUGUAAGCUGUUGAAAGAAUACCGUAAAAUAGCAGAUAAACAGUGCAUGAUUGUUUUUCUCUUAGUAUAAGCAGUAUCUAAAUACCACAAACAAAAGAGAUAGAACACUAAUAGAAUCUUAGAUCUGAAAGAGUGGCCUUCAGGCUAUUUCUGGGGCAGUAGAUGAAAGUUACACAGUACAUUUGUCACACUAGAAUUUAAUUUUUUAAUCUUGCCUAUAAAUUGGCUUAAUCUCAGUCGUUAGGAUGUUUAUCCCAGUUAUGUUUAUGUCUUCACUCAGAACUAUAGCAUAUGCAGAGUAAGAGGUCAGGUAGCAACUACUGGUCAUGACAGUGGCAUAUGAUCUUGGUAUGGGAGCACAGAAAUGACAUCCCAUUUUGUAAUGCACUGCUCAGCAGGAAAGUGCCAAACUAGGGAGUGUGUCAUGUAGCUCUGACCACAACUUAGAACCACUUGGACAUGCUUAAUAAAACACCAGUGCCAGGUCCCACCCCAGACCAGUGAAACCAGAGUCUCUGGAGAUCGGGGACUGGGUAAAGAUUCUAAAUCAGAUGGAGAUGUGUGCAUCCAACCAUAAUGCUGCCUUCAAAUAUUCUGAAUAGCUUGGGAGUUGGAGGGGAGAGUGCAAAUCACUAUCCGUAUAUCAGACCUACUAAAUCUGAUUCUUGUGGUGGUGGGAGGAGAGACGUGAUGGUAUAGGGUUGAUGGGCAGAGCUCUGUAGGUUUUUGCUAAUGUUAUUUAGUGUUUCUCUGAUGAGUUUUAUGAUUACUUAGACUUAGGUGUCACUGUUCCAGGGAACACCAUCUUCUUUAAAUCAAAAUGAUAUAGCUUUAAAGAUAUGUAACAUUAUAAAUGUAUUAUAUAUGUGUGUAUAUAUACAUAUAUAUUAUAUAUUACAUAUAUACAUGUAUACAUUAUGUGUGUGUGUAUCUAAAAUACUUCUGUGUGUCUGGCAUUUGCUUUCUAUGACCCUUCCCAGGCCUACAAGCCGUGAAGCUUCAGCCUUGCUCCUUACCCUCAGCCUUGUCUCUCCUUACAGAAGGACCAUUUACCUGUUCCACCUGUUCACACUGUCGUCACUGUUAGUUUUGUACUUAUGUUAGAUAAACCACAGGCUUUUAGGAAACAAGACAUAAGGAACUGAGAAGAAGGGCUGUCAUCCUUUGUGUUUCUGGCUUCCAGUUAUCUGCAGUCAUGUACGUUUUAAUUCUUCAGAAAGUCUUACUUUCACAUGCCUAUUAUGUCACUUUUUAUAAUCAUUAGUUAAUCAUAAGUCAAGCUUGAAAUAUAAAAUUGAGCCUCUUCAGAUGCAAACAGAGGGCUAGCCAGUCAGCCUCAGAUUUGGUCCUGGCCUCAUUCUGAUGGUUGGUGUCUGUUAUAAGAACGAAACUGCAUUGUUAUUAAGAUGGCACCUCACCACAGGAAUCCUGACUCAGCCCCUGAGAAGUUUGCACAAGGCCAUGAGACAGGCUCCCUGCAGGGAAGGGCUUUUUCUGGUUUAUGUUUGCAUCCACCCUUGCUUACCUACUUGUCAAGCAGGACUUGCAUUAUUCUUACAUUAAAUAAUGAUCAAAAAUAGGAGCUAAUAUUUACUGAGCACUUGUUAUACGUCAGGCCUGUUUUAAGGGUUUCACAUUUAUUAACUCAAUCAGUUCUCACAACAGCCCUGCUAAGGAGUUGUUGUUGUUGUUAUUUCAUAUUACAGCUGAGAAAACUAAAAUACAAAGAAAUUAUAAAACCUUCCCCAAGUUACGCAGUUCUUAAGUGUUAGGGCUAGAAUUCAGCCUACAGAGACUAACUCCAUGGCUUACACCCAUAAUGAUUACUCACUUAAUACGCAAUUGUUAAGUAAGCACGUGAUGGUGAACAUCUUACUCCUAAACCUAAUACACAACUCUAAUUUAAAAAAAAAAUACUUGGAAUGCACCUUCCUCCUGGUUGAAGGACCAGGUGGGUUCUUGGGCUUAAACACCAAUCUUAGAAUGAGCAAAACAAAAAGGCACACCCUCCUUUACCCUCUCAUAGCUUCAGGUCCUUCUGCUGGUGCUGAAGGGGUGGUAGGGAGGGUGCUGGGUGGAGACUCAUAGUAGAAUACCAAAAGAAAGUAGUAACCUCCACAACAGGUAAAGAAAAGCUCUCAUCUCCUCUGCAAGUUUUAUCCCCACAAUAUAUUGCUCAGUUGCCAACCUGGAAUCCAACUUCAGAUGCAUACACUCUGCCCCCAUGGGGAGAAGUGAAGAGCGGUUAGGGGAAGAACAGAACAGGAAGUCAAAGCUGUCUCCCGGAGCCCAGUGCUGGGCAUCCUUUGGAAUAGAGAUCCACCAACAGUUUCAACAGGGGGAACCUGGUAGAGAGAUUAACAUAAUUCUGGGAGUCACAGUGUGUCCUUACUUUUUUAUCUAGAAAUAUUACAAACUCCAAGUACAUCAAAUACACUCCUCUUUCAGUGUUCAGAUGACAACACACCCGUGGGCAAAUACACAUGAUAUGAGGUUAAGUAGCCAGUUGGGAUUGCCCUCUUCAUUGUCAGGCGUAAUCAAGAGUUAACUUCUUUGCAAAAAAUUGUUUUUUUUACCAGAUUUUGUUGCUAAGAGGAAAUUUAGCUUGGGGUUAAAUGCCAGGUAGGCUGGUACCUACAUUAAGCUAAACAAAAAGAUCAGAUCUUCAUUCUGUUUCUCACUUUUAAAUUUAAUUAAU